GACUGGUUUCUCGCCUUUCGCGAAAUAAAUCCAAAUUCGAUAUAGGCAUUGAUUUAGUCAAAAAAUUAUUUGUGCAUACCCUUCCUUCCAAAAAAGGAAGAAUACAUGCACGUGCAUGCGGAACAGCAAUACGCACCUUAGAGAAGCGAACGAUAUAAAACGGACGAUUGGUGCGGAACGAUGUAGUACAAAGGCAACAUGUUCCUGUUGCUGUCAGUGCACGAAAGGAGACAGUAGCCGAAGGCAUUCUCUGCGACCACUCCGUGGAGAGACUAUCUAUCGAUACAUCUCACUUUUUUCAAGUAAAUAUACCGCGGAUCAUGAAGAGGCCUUCCGUCAGCAAGAUAUUUAUGUGGACAUUCUACCUGUCCAUCCUUUUCUUUCUGACGACGAAAACAAACGCUCUGGAGGAAAAUUGUACGGAUUUUCAGGGUGGUACUGUCAAACACGGUCUCCUCUACGUACCAGGGCCUGCAGUUUGCAGUCUCUGCGUCUGCUAUCAUUCCGAGCCUAUGUGGUGUCAAGCUAUUUAUUGUACGCCACCAUAUAAAUGUAAAAGGUUCCGCGUGGGUGAACGUUGCUGCGAGUUUGAGUGUCUGGAUGAUAGUGACGAUUGGAGUGGUCCGGACGUGUACGAUGCUGCCGGAUCAUCUAAGAUCCAAGAGCAGAGUCCUGUUCUGUACCUAUUGAGUCUACUGAUCGCGUUAUCGAUGGUGCCUUAA